UCCAACUGGAACCGCGGCUUCCGUUAUCGGCAGUGUUUCAUCCUUCUUCUAUAGCAAUUGUCCGAAACUGGACAUAGCCACAGGGUGAAUGAGAAGGUAGGCGAGCGUUUUUUAGAGAUGAGGAGAACAACGCGAGCCGUUUGAAGGUUUGGGUGACAGCAUAUCCAGCGGGGUUUGUCGAGAAGCUUAAUCCUUGAUCUGGAGGAGGAGGAGGAGAGGACGACUGGUCGAGCCGAGCAUCACCAUCCUAACAGCCUCUUCCAACGCAACGCGCAAAGAAAACGAGGAAUAUCUUUUCAGGAGUAUAUCAAAUCCCUCUUUUCUAACAUUCAAGCUCACCGUUUACUCUUUUUAAAUAACUGUUAGCGUUUGAAAUAGUCGUUACGCAUCUCUUAUGUGAUCCCGCAUCCCCACGAGGCGAAUCCACAGCGCAGGCGUUGACCUGAAAUUUAUGUUAUAGUUAAUACAGUCUCCCUUUCUAGGUUUUAAUAUUGACUCAGUUAUGUACGUUGGACUUACUCUCAGAUUUGCCUUGAUAACAAUACCAACAUAUUAAAAUCGCAAACUGUGAAUCCAUUUCAAAGGGCCUCGUUAUCCUUGUGGACGCUUUGGAGCAACUCGACGCGUCUCUUUAUACCGGAAUAAGGGCGUUUGAUUCGGCCAGAGAAGUAAGAUGUCGGGUCAGACUUUGACGGACCGCAUCGCCGCGGCGCAGUACAGCCUCACGGGAUCCGAAGUGGCUCGUGCGGUGUGUAAAGCGACCACGCACGAGGUGAUGGCACCUAAGAAGAAGCAUCUCGAAUACUUGAUUCAGGCAACCCAGGAAUCCAAUGUCAAUAUUCCUCAGAUGGCCGAUACCCUGUUUGAAAGAGCAGGAAAUGCAAGCUGGAUUGUGGUCUUCAAGGCUUUGGUCUCCACUCACCACCUGAUGGUCCAUGGCAAUGAGAGAUUUAUCCAGUACCUGGCUUCCAGGAACACCCUAUUCAAUCUUAGUAAUUUUUUGGACAAAACUGGCUCUCAUGGUUAUGACAUGUCAACAUUUAUCAGGCGCUACAGCAGGUAUCUGAACGAGAAGGCAUUUGCCUACAGACAGAUGGCCUUUGACUUUGGCCGAGUGAAGAAAGGUGCUGAUGGUGUGAUGAGAACAAUGACUCCUGAUAAGCUCUUGAAAGGCAUGCCCACGCUGCAGAGUCAGAUUGAUGCUCUGCUGGAGUUUGACGUUCACCCAAAAGAUCUUGUCAAUGGGGUGAUCAAUGCCGCCUUCCUGUUGCUCUUCAAGGAUCUGAUCAAGUUGUACGCCUGCUACAAUGAUGGCAUCAUUAAUCUCCUAGAGAAAUUUUUCCAGAUGAAGAAAGGUCAAUGCAAGGAUGCAUUGGAAAUCUAUAAAAGAUUCUUGACACGAAUGACCAGAGUCUCAGAGUUCCUGAAGAUUGCUGAGCAAGUGGGAAUUGACAAAAACGAUAUUCCUGAGCUUACACAGGCCCCUGAGAGUCUUCUGGAAUCUCUGGAGACACAUCUUAACACGCUCGAGGGGAAAAAAGUUGAUGAGUCACCAACUAAGAAAGGAUCUCCAACAAAUAAUGGCACACCUGCUGGUACCCCUGCAAAAAGCGCAGAGCCCACCGCUGCAGCGGCUGCAGUUACUGAGCCUGCAGCAACAGAGCCUACAAAAGCAGCGCCGGCCAAAAACACCAUCAACAGCGGCUUUAAUGAUCUGGUGGAUUUUGAUCUGUUGGCUCCGACUGCAGGUGCUUCAGCGGCUCCCACUGCAUCAUGGGGAGAUCUGCUUGGUGGUGACUCUCUGGCCGCUCCUGCCUCUGCUAGCGCUGAAGCGACGCUCUCUGAGGCUGAAUCUGCCUCUGCAGCCGCUGCUACUGAACCAGCAGCUGAUGCCAUCUCUGCCCCAGCCGCUGCCUCACUGCCAGUGCCUGCCUCCGCUGCCACCACCUCAGAUAUGGAUCUGUUUGGAGAUGCGUUUGCGCCCUCUCCUGGCGAUGGUCCGAGUGAGGGUUUGGCUCCAGCUGCUGCUGCCGAUGCAUGUGCUGGAUCUGACCCCUGGGCUCCGUCCGAGGGUAGUGCCAGUAUUGCCCCAGAGCUGGACCUCUUUGCCAUGAAGCCGGUAGAGAGUGUCAGUGUCGCAGCCGCAGCCGCAGUGUCCCCUACCAGUGCCGAGCCGGUUAUCUCACCAACAGAGGCCCCUGAAACCCUCUCUCCUGCCACCAACACCACCACAACCACCUCCACCACCACCGCAUCCGCUACAGCUGAGCCCGCGGCCCCGCCAACACUAGACCUGUUUAGUGAUAUGUUUGAUUCAAUGCCUGAGCAAAGCUCGUCCACAGAGCCCAAAGCAAGCACACCUAGCGUAGACCUGUUUGGUGCAGAUCUUCCUGCUGUUUCACGCGGACCCUCACCUUUACCUGAAACCAAUGUGACUGGAGAUCUCUUGUCUGACUCAUUUGUUGCUCCGGCUGUUGCUCCAGUGGUUCCUGCACUAGCAGCUCCAGCUGCUCCUGUCUCUCCUCCUAAAGCUGAGCCUGGACCUGUGCUGGACCUCCUUGACACAUUUGGGGACACUACUGCAGAGUCCCAGUCCGCUGCUCCCGGAGCUCCGUCAGGUGACCUGCUUGGAGGUUUAAUUUCACCAGUAGCCCCCACAGUUACCCCAACUCCAGCAGCAGUGCCAUCCUCAGCCCCAGCGGAUCUGCUGGAGUCAGGUUUUGAUGCGUUUGGCUCUUCACCAGUAUCCUCCACACCAGUGGCGGUCGACAGCACUAAUUCCACCACUGCACCCUCUGGUGGCUUUGAUGCUUCAGUGUUUGAUGGAUUAGGAGACCUUCUGAUGCCAGCCAUAACACCUCAGAGCACAGGCGGGACCCCCAUGGCUGCAGCGAGCCCUCAGCUGGUACCUGGACUUGUGCCCACUGCUGGACCAACAAUGGCUCCAGCCAUGGCACCAGCAAUGGCACCAACAAUGGCACCCGCACCAGUCAAACCAAUCGGAGGAGACUUGGACUCUUCACUUGCCAAUUUGGUGGGAAAUUUGGGAGUUGGAAGCCAGAAAAAGGACAACCAGUGGAAUGAGAAAAAGCUGACAGGAGGAGCUAACUGGACCCCUCAGGUCGCCCUUUCUAGCUGGGGCACACCUGGUGCUCAGAUGUCUGGAUCUGCCCCUGGAGCUCCAGGAGCUGCUGCUCCACCUGGAGCAAUGGCACCACCCAUGGGGGCACAGCCUGGCUUUACCAUGCCCCCAGCAGCAGCAGGAGCUCCCAUAAUGCCCCAGCCUGUGAUGAUGGGCCAGCCCAUGAUGAGACCACAAUUUACAGGGCCAUCAGCAACAGGAACUCCUGGAGCACCAUUGUCUCCAGGUCCAGCUGCCCAGAGUCCCAAAAAACCUCCCUCCAAGGACCCUCUUGCAGAUCUCAAUAUUAAGGACUUCUUAUAAUAUCCCAGUAUUUGUUUUCUGAAAGAAUGAGCUCCAGUGAGAGAGGUCUGCUGUCUGUUUACACCCCAGACGCCCGAGGAGCCUGCAGCUGGGUAUCCACCGGCCCCGACCCUGCCCCCAGCUCAAACAACCCCACCCACUCUGCCCCACCCAGCAUUCCUGUGUCAUGUUGUAGCACAAACGUGAAGUAAAUCGUAGAGAAAACAAGCCUAAAAAUGAAGACGUGUUCAUUUCAAUGUUCUCCUUUGUUUUGAAGAAACAAGAAAAUGAUUAAAAAACACACAAAUCAAAAUGAAAGAUUAAAAAAAGAUGAAUAUGUAUGUCAAAUUUUCCAGUAUUUAAGUCUGAAAUGAAUGAUGUGCGUGCGUGUGCGUGUGUGUGUGUGUUCUUCCCUUAUGUGGGUCUGAGAUUCUAAACAGGAUCUUCAAGCGCUUUCUGUUGUAUGUUAGUUUUGGUGCAAUGUAUCAUUUGCAGAAGGUGAUCUGUGUAUAUUCUCCUCAGUGAUGAAAAGAUUUCUCCUCUGCUCAAAUUUUUAUCUGUGGACAACUUAUUGAUGUGAAUCUGGUAAUCAGAAAAUAAGACGCUGUUGUCAUCAUGGUUUGACAUGUUU